AUGGUGAAACCAAUGGCCUUGAUAUCUACCCUCUUACUGACAGCUCAUGAUGCCAUUUCCAAAAGCAAGCUAUCUCCAACAAACCGCGUGUCAUUGAAGGAAAAAUGCGCUAUCGCGGUCAACAAGCUCCUCCAUGGAACUUCAUAUCAAUAUCCAGCAAAAGUCUGCUUUGACCAGACCCUGAAGAAGAAGGUCGAAAACUCCAUGCUGAAAGCAGGUCUUUCGUCAGAGACUCUGGCUCGAAUUCAGCCGUACAUUGAUAGCAGCGUCAACAUUUCCCUGACAUGCUAUGCACACACUUCUCCUGAAGUUCGAGAAUUUGUGGCAAUCUACACAUCAUAUGCAAUCACCGUCGACGAUCUAGGCCACGAGUUUCCUGAUGACAUGAAGGGAAUUGUCUCGAGCCUCUUGAACGGACACACCAUCGAGAACACCAUCCUUCGUGGCUAUUUUGAUCUUAUGAGAGACCAUGGCUCCCAGUUCGGCCAGUUCGGCAGCGACAUGAUAGCCAAAGCUACUGUCGACUUUGUUUGUAGCUGCUAUGUGGAGUUAGAGCUCGAGCAGCGCAAAGGCAAUGCCAAUGUCAACGGGGAUCAUCAUCAUACAGUCACUGCACCAGAAUUCGCCGAGUAUUUCCGUAUCAAAACCGGCGUGUCGGAACCAUACGCCUUUUUCGCAUUUCCAGAACACCUCGCCCGUGAAGACGAGUGGCUGCACACCUACCUCCCCGCCAUCACUUACAUGGUAAAGUUUUUCAACUAUGCCAACGACGUCUUGUCUUUCUACAAAGAAUCCGGGGCGGAGGAAAAGGCCAAUUACAUCAGUAAUCAAGCGGCCGCUCACAACAUCUCGCGUUUUGAGUCGUUGGAGAUGCUUUGCAAGAGGACAAUUGAGGUAUUCCACACUAUCGACGCUAUUCUUGCCCCGAAUGAAGAUCUCCGUCGCAAGGUUCAUCAGUGGAUGCAUGGAUAUCUGGCUUAUCACAUGGUCUCAGCCCGCUACCGACUGGAUGAGCUAGGUAUUCCGGCCGUGGUGGAGGCUAGACAGUUGUUCUUUGGAAAAGAUUGA